AUGGCUAAAGAUCUAGUUCAAGCUCGCGACUCCUCUUUGGUUUUUGGCGUUGCCAGAAUCUACGCUUCUUUCAACGACACUUUCGUGCAUGUCACCGAUUUGUCUGGUAAGGAAACUAUCUCCAGAGUUACUGGUGGUAUGAAGGUCAAGGCCGACAGAGACGAAUCGUCCCCAUACGCUGCCAUGUUGGCUGCCCAGGACGUUGCCGUCAAGUGCAAAGAAGUCGGCAUCACCGCUCUACACGUCAAGAUCAGAGCCACCGGUGGUACCAGAACCAAGACCCCAGGUCCAGGUGGUCAGGCCGCUUUGAGAGCUUUGGCCAGAUCCGGUAUGAGAAUCGGCCGUAUCGAAGAUGUUACCCCAGUCCCAUCUGACUCCACCAGAAAGAAGGGUGGUAGAAGAGGUAGAAGAUUGUGA